AUUGGUAUGGUUGUAUGGAAGGACAGAAGCCAAUUGUGAGAAAAGUUGUGGAGUAUGGAUUGUUUGUUAAGCACUGUAAAGUAGAGGUUUAUCUUUUGGAGUUGAAGUUGUGUCAGAACAGUGAUCCUACAAAUCUUGUGGACUCUUAUUUCAGCAAAGCAGAUACGAUUGCUACUAUUGAAAAGGAAAUGCGAAAGCAGUUUAAUAUUCCUGAUGGUACUGAAGUCAGACUGUGGAACAAAUGUACAAGUAAUGCUUAUGAACAAUUAAGCAAACUCGAUAGCACCGUACAAGAUGCAGGACUCUAUCAGGGACAGGUAGUGUUGAUAGAAAUGAAAAAUGAAGAUGGUUCCUGGCCUAGACAAUCUUCUCUGACAAAAUCAUGUACUGCACCUAGCAGAAAUCUAGCUACCUCUUCAAAAACACCAACAAGCUCUUGCUCUUCAGUAUCUGCCUCUUCAGUCAUUACAAAUGGUGAUAGCAAUAACUCCUAUGGUUUGAACUGUUCCAGCCUUGGUAAAGGGGGCUCGAGCUUUUCUUACAGUUACAACAGCAGAGAAAGUCUUCAGUCACAGCCUGGACUCUGUGGGCUCAGUAAUCUAGGAAAUACAUGUUUCAUGAACUCAGCUCUACAGUGUUUGAGUAACACACCUCCCUUGACUGACUAUUUCUUGGAAGAUAAAUAUGAAGCUGAAAUAAACCAAGAUAAUCCUCUGGGAAUGAGGGGAGAAAUUGCAGAAGCAUAUGCAGAACUCAUCAAACAAAUGUGGUCUGGCCGGAAUUCUCAUGUAGCCCCUCGUAUGUUCAAAACUCAGGUUGGCCGUUUUGCUCCUCAGUUUUCAGGAUACCAACAACAAGAUUCUCAGGAGCUUCUGGCAUUUCUUUUGGAUGGCUUACAUGAGGAUUUAAACAGAGUAAAGAAGAAACCUUAUUUGGAGUUGAAGGAUGCUAAUGGGAGACCUGAUUCGGUAGUUGCAAAAGAAGCCUGGGAGAACCAUCGAUUGCGUAAUGACUCUAUAAUUGUAGAUAUAUUUCACGGACUCUUCAAAUCCACCUUGGUCUGCCCCAAAUGUUCCAAAAUUUCAGUAACUUUUGAUCCGUUUUGCUAUUUAACACUCCCUUUGCCCUUGAAGAAAGAUAGAUCCAUGGAGGUGUUCUUGGUGUUUGCAGAUCCACAGCGUAAAGCUAUGCAAUUCCGAAUAGUAGUGCCCAUGAUGGGUGGUAUAUCUGAUCUGUGUGAUGCACUGUCCAAAAUUUCUGGGAUCCCUGCAGAAAAUAUGGUGGUGACAGAGGUCUAUAAUCACAGAUUCCAGAAAAUUUUCCAAAUGGAUGAAGGUUUAACUCAUAUUAUGCCAAAGGACAAUAUAUUUGUAUAUGAAGUUUGUAAAGCAACUGAAGAUAGUGCUGAAUGUGUCACACUCUCGGUUUACUUCAGAGAAAAGAAAGCAAGACAAUCUAGUGCUACCCCAGGGACAGUUCUUUACGGCCAACCGCUACUCAUAGCUGUACCCAAACACAAGCUCACAAUAGAGUAUUUAUACAAUGUUAUAUUGGAGCGAAUUGGACGCUAUGUAAAAAUUGAUUUAAAAGAAGAAUAUUCUGAUGUUUGUCUGGACAAUGACACUUGCAAUGGCUUCACCAAUAUAUCUGAAGGUGAUGCUGAAGAGAUGGAGCAUCAGGAUAGUGAAGAAAACAAACAGAAAAUACCAGAUGCAGAUGCUUCUCGGUCUGAAGAGAGGGAUGGGCAGGUGGAAGGGAAGCAGCACCAGAAAAAGCAGUUGUUCAGUUUCAGUUUUGUGAAUUCUUACGGGACAUCAGAAGUAAACUGCCUUACCACAGAAGGGAAGAUCCUCAAACUGAGUUCCUAUGCAACUGUUGCUAUUGAUUGGGAUUCCGACACCCGGAAGCUGCUUUUUGAUGAACAUGAAGCUCAGGCAUUUGAAAAACACAACAGUAUGUUUCAGUCACAAAAAAAGAAAACUUCUGUAGCCCUUAGAGAAUGUAUAGAACUUUUUACAACUAUGGAGACACUUGGGGAACAUGAUCCCUGGUAUUGUCCUAAUUGCAAGAAACAUCAGCAAGCCACUAAGAAAUUUGAUCUUUGGUCAUUGCCACGCAUUUUGGUAGUGCAUUUAAAACGCUUUUCAUACAAUCGAUAUUGGAGAGAUAAACUUGACACAGUAGUUGACUUCCCUAUCAGGGAUUUGAACAUGUCUGAGUUUGUUUGUGAUCCAGCAGCAAGCCCAUAUGUAUAUGACUUAAUUGCUGUUUCCAAUCACUAUGGAGGCUUGGGUGUAGGGCACUAUACUGCAUAUGCUAAGAAUAAAAUCAAUGGGAAAUGGUACUACUUUGAUGAUAGCAAUGUAUCUCCAGCUUCUGAAGAACAAAUAGUGACAAAGGCAGCAUACGUACUGUUUUACCAACGCAGAGAUGUCAAGCUCAAGGGGAGCCAUUCUUUUUGCCCAAGCAUGGAACCAGAAUCUGAAGAAUGUGAUGGCAUGGAUACUAACUGAAUUUGUGUGGUUAAUUUCCAAUAUGAAAAUAUAUCUGAGGACUUGUUUUGAAUCUCUGUGUGGGCUACUUGACAACACAGGAGCCCUCAGCACUGAAAAAUAAAUAGAGGAAGCAAUAA